UCUUCCCAUCUUCCCAAGAAGACAUCCGUCUGCUACUUAUACCUGGAUCAGGGAGAGGAUUCCGGGGCAAAUUCUUUCUCUCUUCUCCUAAUUUCUUGCUAAUCUUUUGUGUGGCCCUUCCCCCCCAUUUUUCCUAACCUAUCCAUUUCCGAGGUCGGUCUCACUAAACUCGAUUUAACCCGAUGAUCGAGAUAUGAUCUCAGCCGCCCUGCAGCAUUACGUAACCCGGCCUCCCGACUGAACCGCUGCCGCCGUCGCCGCAAACUGGCCGUGCCUUGCCUUGCCUUGCGCUCACUUGUUCUGGCUCAAUUUAAGCAUGCAGCUGGUGCAGGGAUGCCACGGGGCUCGAGCUGUUCGCGAACUGUUCUUCGGCUAGCAGGGGUGUUGUUGAAUCCUAGUAUCUCUGAACAACUAUGGCCGAGUAGCGUUGUAACGUGCAGCAAUAACUUCUCUCUGAUCAGUAGUAUCCACGGGAACACAAAAAUGCAUAAAUUAAGUAUAGUUUUGGUGAUACCGACAGACUCGGAGGAUAUGGGAUGGAUCGAUCGAUGGAUGGCUGCAGCGAAGCAGUGAGCAUGGAGCCGCCGUGUAUCGGACCUGUACGGGCUGUAUUAUUACGGUAUCAUGAAUACGUGACCGGGAUACGGUCUCACGGCCUCAGGUAUCAAGGCACGAGUCUGUCGGGUCAGCGGCAGGUCCCGGACCUCGGGAUUCAAGUUGGGUUUAGUUGGAAUGACAACUCAAAGCAGGUAUGGC